AUGCCGCCGGCGAACAGCCCAAACCGCGAGCCGACUUCCUUCACCUCGGCGCUGCGCGGACUCGAGAGCCCCGUCCACGACGACGUGCUCAACCUGGCGGCGACGCUGACGACGCAGCUCGACAACGACGACGACGACGACGACGACGAGGCGGCGCGCGACAUGGACGAGGCGCACGCAAGUCUGCGGUUCCUGCGCGAGCAGCAGGCCCACGACGAGCUGCGCCUGAACGAGUCCCGCUCCAGACUGCGCCUGCUCGAGGGCGCCCGCGAUGGCCUGGACCACCGCGACCGCUUGCGACGCAGCCACGCCCAGCAGCAUAGCUCGCCCGCCGCCCAGUACGGCGCGCACAUACCGGCGCAGAACUCGAUGCACAACUGGGCCCCGCUGCCAAACUCGCGUCUGGGAGGUCUGCCGCCAGACUCUCUGCGCUCGACGGCCAUGAUGCAGGCCGUGCGACGCCACCCGCGCUUCUCUGCCCGCACGCGCGACUACCUGCAGCGCUACAGCCACGGCCGGGAUACGGACAGCCACGGCCGGGAUACGGACAGCCACGGCCGGGACACGGACAGCCACGACCGGGACACGGACACUGCCCGCGAGCCCGCUGCCCUGCGCCGAAGCACCCAGGACCCCUGGGGCGCCCCCCUGGCGCCCAUGCUCGAGCACACGGUCAAGUACCUCGCGCGCAUCCGCCACGCCGACACGGUCGAGGAGAGCCUGAACUGCGUCCUCGAGGCCGGCUUCGUCAGCAAGGACUACCUCUCGGUCCAGAACGGCGACUUCCUGACCGACACCCUCGGCAUACCCCCGCCCCGGGAGACGUCCUGGCUCGCGCCCGGCGCGCUCCUCUCUGGCUGCCAACACGCCACCACGGCCACGUGCGCACCGAACGCGGCCGCGAGCCAGCUGCCACCGCCGUCGAGACCUUGGCUCAGCACCAGCUACUCGACCCCGCGCAGCCUGGCCCCGCACCUCUCCCGGAGAGACGCGGCCCCGCCGGCGUCGCACCAAGACCGCUGGCCCGUCAACGUCACCAUCCACGCCGUCGACUGGUCCGCAAUGUCCCUCUCCGCCACAAUGGAAGCCUACAACGUGCCCUUGCACCCGCACCAGCACUCGCUGGCCAACCCCAGCCACCCCACGCACUACACCCGCACCAGCAGCAUAACCACGUACCUCGAGGGCGAAAUCCUCGACUUCAACACCCACACCCUGCUCACCGAGAGCUUCAAGAGCACCGCCGCAAACGACGUCCUGAACUGGCGCAAGCUGCCGCCCUUUCGCGACAUGGACGACGACGACGUGGUCCGCGCCCUGACGAGCCGCUCCUGGUGGGACGCCCUGAGUCGCGACUGGGUCCUCAUGCGCUGGAAGGAGCGCUGCUUUGUCAAGUCGCUCCCACCAACACCAGCACCACCGCCAACACCAGCACCACCAACAACACCAACACCACCAACAACACCACCGCCAACACCACCACCACCAACAACACCAACACCACCAACAACACCACCGCCAACACCACCACCACCAACAACACCAACACCACCAACAACACCAACACCGCCACCGCCACCGACGGAGCGGGAGAAGAAGGCGGCGACACAGCACGCCGGCGACGCUGAACACGCUGCGUUUGACGACGACGGGUGCGGGCUUACCAUCAGCGGGUUUUACUUUGUUUGUCUGCGUCGCUGCGACGGGAGGGUUGAUGGUUUGUAUUAUGACCCUAUGAGCAGUCCGUAUCAGUGUCUUGUGCUGGAGAGUCGUGGUGCGGGGAGGUUUGGGAGCUGGGAGUUUGCAUGA